ACGAAUAUAAGCAAAUAUAAAUAUACUAUAUUGCACAAAUGGAUAGACUAGCAGCUAGAUCAUCGAAAACGUCGGGCGUGCUGACCGGCUCCAAGUUCUAUGGCAACUGCGACGAGCUCGGCAUGCAGAACUAUGGCCUUUACGUCUACCCGGAUGGCACCAAGUACUUGGGACAGUUCCACAACAAUCGGUUUCAUGGCAACGGAACUAUCCAGCUGCCGCAUCCCUACUGUCUGUACUUCUCAGUGCUGCAUCAGCAUGGCAAGCUGUUGCACAUAUUCCGGAUUAGCUUCAGCGAUAUGCUGCAGGUGCAGUUCAAGAUAACGGAUCACGGCCUCAGCUUCAAGGACUGGAACUAUUGCACGGCGGAGGAUCGUCGCUUCAAUGAGGAGCGUUUGGAGGAUGCGAUGGGUCCGACGACUGACUCAGAGCCGCCGAAACGGCUGCAUCGCAACAUAUUCGAUCUGGGCUUUGGCGAGCUGAGCGACAAAGGCAUGCUGAAGAAUAUACCGCCACACAUAUCCGAAUCGCACAGCGUCUACUUGGGCUGUCGCAAGGUGCGCCGCUGGAUUCGCGAAAACUGUCGCCAUGGACCGCUCAAGGGCAAGCAUCUCAAGCAGGAGGUGCUGGCCAAGUUUGCACGCCAAAUUAUGCGUAACAAUUUAGAGAGCGCCCAGGAGCUAAGCUCCCAUCCGGUCCCAUCGAUGGUGAAGAAGACAGCGCACAAGUACAGAAUAUGUCGACGCUCGAGGAGUGCGGAUAGCUCUAACUCGGCCAAGGAGGUGCGCUUGCAUCUGGCCAACACCAGCAUGAGCUGCAGCUCCCUCAUGGAUCAUACGGUGAAGCAUGGGCCCCAAUACAAGCGGGUGUCCACAAGAAACUAUCCCAUUCGGCGCUCGAAAACGGAGGAGGACGUUUGCCGCUUGAACUAAUCACCAACCACUAAUCUUUGUUGGAACUUGUAUGUUGAUAUUUAUUCAUAUGCUGUACACGGCUAACCCAAAUUUCAUAGUGCCCAAGCUGAACAUCUUUUCAGGUCAAAGCCAUACGCCAAAUAUAUUGCAUUGCCUCGGGCGUAAACCA